AAAAUGGGGUGUAGUGGGGGAUGGGCGAGGACACUGUUGUUAUGACUGGUGCUUGGCUGCGGGACAAACUUCCAGAGGCCUCGGCAUUUUUUCUAAUCCAUUUCAUUGGUCGGUUUCAACGAGGAAAUGUGGCUCCAUUUUGCUGUGAACCUGUCAAACGGACCAGGAGCUAAUAUUUAAUCAACGCUUGAGGGCGGCUUUCACCUUUAGCAAAACACGAGGUGUUUGGUGCUUUUGAAAAAUAGGGGCUGAGAAUUCUUGCUGAGGACAACGGAGCUAUUAUGUGCAUCUGAGGACAUCUUGAUCACAUGGGCUCCUAUCCUGUGCUGACCCAAUGGUUUAAUCACCAGGACUAAAAAUGAGCAUAAGCAGUGAUGAAGUCAAUUUUCUGGUUUACAGAUACCUGCAAGAGUCAGGCUUCUCUCACUCAGCAUUCACCUUUGGCAUAGAGAGCCACAUCAGCCAGUCCAACAUCAAUGGAGCCCUGGUGCCCCCUGCUGCCCUCAUCUCUAUCAUCCAGAAGGGCCUGCAGUAUGUGGAGGCUGAAGUCAGCAUCAAUGAGGACGGGACAUUAUUUGACGGGCGGCCCAUUGAGUCGCUAUCUUUGAUUGAUGCUGUGAUGCCAGAUGUAGUCCAAACCAGGCAGCAGGCCUACAGGGACAAGCUGGCCCAGCAACAGGCGGCAGGCAGUGGCAGCGGCACAGGGCCCCAGGGAAGCACCAAGAAUGGAGAGGGCCCUGCCAACGGGGAGGAAAACGGAUCCCAUGCCUUAGCCAACCACCACUCAGAGAUGAUGGAGGUGGACAGGGACGUGGAGAUCCCUCAGAGUAAAGCCAUGGUCCUGAGGGGCCACGAAUCCGAAGUUUUUAUCUGUGCCUGGAACCCAGUAAACGACCUCCUUGCCUCCGGGUCUGGGGACUCGACAGCACGGAUCUGGAACCUGAGUGAGAACAGCACAGGCGGGUCCACCCAGCUGGUUCUGAGGCACUGCAUACGGGAAGGAGGCCAGGACGUACCCAGCAACAAAGACGUUACCUCACUAGACUGGAAUAGCGAGGGAACGUUGCUAGCAACAGGCUCAUAUGAUGGCUUUGCUAGAAUAUGGACAAAAGACGGUAACCUGGCCAGUACUUUGGGUCAGCAUAAAGGCCCUAUAUUUGCACUUAAGUGGAAUAAGAAAGGAAACUUCAUCCUCAGUGCUGGUGUAGACAAGACCACAAUUAUUUGGGACGCCCAUACGGGAGAGGCGAAACAACAGUUUCCUUUCCACUCGGCACCAGCUCUGGAUGUAGACUGGCAGAGCAACAACACGUUUGCCUCCUGCAGCACAGACAUGUGCAUCCAUGUGUGUAAGCUGGGUCAGGACAGACCUGUCAAGACCUUCCAGGGACACACGAAUGAGGUGAACGCCAUCAAGUGGGAUCCCACUGGCAGCUUGCUGGCCUCCUGCUCAGAUGACAUGACACUGAAGAUCUGGAGUAUGAAGCAGGACUCGUGUGUCCAUGACCUCCAGGCCCACAGUAAAGAAAUCUACACCAUCAAGUGGAGCCCCACAGGCCCCGGGACCAAUAACCCCAGCGCCAACCUCAUGCUGGCCAGCGCAUCAUUUGACUCCACGGUGCGUCUGUGGGACGUGGAGCGUGGGGUGUGUAUCCACACACUGACCCGCCACCAGGAGCCCGUCUACAGCGUGGCCUUCAGCCCCGAUGGCAGGCACCUCGCCAGCGGCUCCUUUGACAAGUGUGUCCACAUCUGGAACACUCAGACGGGUGCUUUAGUCCACAGCUACCGGGGGACAGGAGGGAUCUUCGAAGUGUGCUGGAACGCCACAGGGGACAAAGUAGGAGCUAGCGCGUCAGAUGGAUCGGUUUGCGUAUUAGACCUGAGGAAAUGACACUCAUCUUGGGGAGCCAUGGACCGACUACGAAUGUGUACAUAGCCAAAAUGACUGACUGUCCCUGCCUGUCCACCACACUGCUGUAGUCCCAUCAGAUGCCAUGGCCCGCAAUUACAGCCAAAUGGAGCGCUUUCUCCCUUCGUCAUAUGUAUGUACCCACAAGGACCACACCUUCGCCACAUACAGUUCUGAUGCACAUGCGUCAGACAUACAUCAGGUCUGUAUGGACACCUGUGCUGCUCUCACAGACCUGCAAGAGGAAACAUUUCUCUGUUGUCACACAGUACAAACUUGUUGGACCCAUCACAUGCAAACCAAAACAUCAGGAUUCUUCUCGCUUUCCUCUUUUUAUCAUUUGUACCAGAAUUCUGAAGAUUUUUUGUCCUCUGUUGGUGUGUGCAUAUUGCAUAUGUCAGCAUUUGGUGUCCUGUGGACAUUGUUGUUUUAAAUUUGGAUUUUACUGAUAUCUGCAGGUUUUAUAUUACAUGUGGGGUGGGAGAGAAGAGGGGCGGGGGGUUGAGUUUUUUGUCUUUUACAAUGGGUGUUGAAAGCUGUUCAUUGGGAGAUCCAUUCAUCCACUUAUUGGCAGUCUUUAAGGUUAAAAAUGCAGAAGUAAGCUUAGAAAAUGAAAAUUGUUUUUUAAUUGUGUCACAUCUAUUUUUUAUUAUCCCAUAGGUUUUAACAAAGCAUAAAGCAGUGAAUCAGAGGCUGAACUGUCCUUUGUUUUUGCAACUUUUAUCCUCAGAAAUGGUUUUCAGGUGUUCACAAUACAUCAGGUUAAUACAGAG